AUGACUGCCCCAUUUCCCCCUUUCGAUUUCGGACGCUACGUAUGGCGGGCCUCACCCGACGACGCCUCGCACUGGAAGCGCGAGGCGGGCGGCGGCGAGUAUAUUGACGAUGUGUUCCACACCAAGAACCACGGAGAGCAAUUCCUCUUCCUCGCACUGAAGGCCACGCUGUCUAAGCCCGUGCCCACCACGGAACUCGUCGCCCGUGCCCGCGACGCCUGGUCUGCGCUCCGCUUCAGCACGCCCACCGUUGCUGCGCACACCGAACACGACGCUGCAGGCACGUCCUUGAUCACGUAUCGCACGGCCAAGGACGCCACUGAAGUGCACGACUGGGCUGCGCGCACCGUCCGCCUCGUCGAGGGAACACCAGACCUUGAUGACCUGCGUUUCGAGCUGGGAAAGCUGAUGAUCCCGGAGCAGAGCGGCGACCAGACGUUCCUGUACAUCGUCGCCCGCUCCGACACGUCGUACGAUUUCCUCCUGCGCACCUCGCAUGUCACCUUCGACGGAGCUGGGAUCAAGAUCGUGUUGACCCUCGUCCUCACCAAGCUCGCACUCUACUUGAGCGAUCCGGCCCUCGUUGCAAAGGAGAAGUUCGAAUGGGGAGCAGAGGCGAAGAAUCUCCUGCCGUGCAUCUCGGAGAUCCUGGGUCCGACCGAGAAAAGGGAGGGAGAGACCUAUACGCGUUGCCUGAGCAAUAUGCUGGGCGAUCUUGGUGGUGCUAUGCCCCGCCAAUAUGGCUUCAAGGUGCGCAACAUCGGCCCCGGGCCGACGCGCCGAAUCUCGUACAAGUUCUCCGCGGAAGAGAGCAAGAAACUGCUGGACGCCGUGAGAGGGCGCGGAUUCACGUUCAACCACGUCGCCCACGCUGCGGUGACCCUGGUGUGCGCGCUCGAUAACCCCCCGAGCGCGUCUACCCCGCCGGACGCGACGUUCGUGUACUACGGGCUGGUAGACGGCCGCGCGCGCCUCGCCGAGCCGUACUCUGGGAAACUUGGUUACCCGGGCUACGCCCUCGGCAUGACCGCGAUCCAGGUGCCCGUUUCCGCUGCUGUCCCUGCCGCGGGCGAAGGCGAGAGGGACGUGCUCCUGCGCCUCUCAGGGAUCGUCAAGGACGAGUACGCGAAGCAGCGCGCGUACGAGUCGCUGAUGGCGAUCGUCUGCCAGGAGGUCGAUAUUAUGCUGGGCGGGAUGAAGGCGGGCGGACCUCCGCCCCCGCCGUGGAUGGGCCCGUGGUAUGCUGGCGAUGGCGUCGGGGAGACCGGCCUGCAGCCGGAGUAUGGCGAUGCCAGAGGCGCGAACGUCAUCACGGUGGACGACUUCUUCGUUUCUCUGAACAAGACCGAUCCGGGGCCGUUCUUCCGGUCGUUCUCGUGGCGCGGUAGGAUCACGGUGAGCGCCGAUGCGAACGUGAGUGCGAUGCCGCAGGGUGAUGUGGAGAAAUGGGUGGAGAAGUGGGCGGAGCUGCUCCGGUUGGUGCUCUGA